AUGGCGGAACGCAACUACAGUCCUUUUAGCGGCUUCUCUAGCUCCCGCGCCGGCGGCAAGGAGAAAGGCGGUGCGAUAGGCAGCAAGCUGACCCCCGUGAACUGGCCGACCAAGACUCUCGUCCCUGGCAAGUGGAAGGUGGUGGACGCCAACGCAAUUCGCAAGGCCGCCAGCGUCUCAGACGAUCACGAGGCGAGCAAAGGGAAGCACCUGUCGGAGGCGGAAGCAGACGAGUGGCGCACGACGCACUCCAUCACCGUGUCAGACUCCACGGACUGCCCACCGCCGCUCACGGAGUUUAAGAUGCUCAACUCCGUCCCUGCGUACCUGAAGUCGAAACUGCUCGCCCAGGGCUUCAAGGCCCCGACACCGAUCCAGGCGCAGUCGUGGCCCAUUGUGCUGUCCGGUCGCGACCUGGUCGGUGUUGCCAAGACCGGCUCUGGCAAAACCCUCGCCUUCGUUGUCCCGGCGCUGGCCCACAUCGCGCUGCAGGAGCCGCUGAAGAUGGGUGACGGCCCCUUGGCCGUCGUCCUCGCCCCCACCCGCGAGCUGGCCCAGCAGAUCGAACAGGAAACGGAGAAGGUGCUCCCGCAGAGCAUCCGCUGCGGCUGCAUCUACGGCGGGGCCCCGAAGGGCCCCCAGCUGGGGCUGCUGCGCUCGGGCCUGCACAUCCUCGUCGCCACGCCGGGUCGUCUGAUCGACUUUAUGGAGAUCAAACGUGUGAAUUUGCUCCGGGUGACGUACCUGGUGCUGGAUGAGGCGGACCGCAUGCUGGACAUGGGCUUUGAGCCGCAGGUGCGGGCCAUCUGCGGACAAAUCCGCCCCGACCGGCAAACCCUCAUGUUCUCCGCCACCUGGCCGCGUGAGAUCCAGAACCUGGCGGCGAGCUUUCAGAAGAACUGGAUCCGCAUCAACGUCGGCAGCCUCGAGCUUCUGGCGAACAAGGACGUCGAGCAGAACUUUAUUCUCACGACGGAGGCGACGAAGCUGGAUGCGCUGCACAAGCUCAUGGAGCGCCACCGCAACCAGCGCGUGCUCGUCUUCUGCAAGACGAAGAAGACCGCCGACUACCUCGAGUACCAACUGAAGCGCAGCGGCGUCGAUGCGAUGGCCAUUCACGGUGACAAGGAGCAGCGUCAGCGCGAAUUCAUCCUCGAGCGCUUCCGCAAGGACCCGCGUCUGUGCGUCGUCGCGACGGAUGUGGCGGCGCGUGGGCUGGAUAUCAAGGAGCUGGAGACGGUCAUCAACUACGACUUCCCCAUGCAGGUCGACGACUACGUGCACCGCAUCGGCCGUACGGGUCGCGCCGGAGCGAAAGGUGCGGCCUUCACGAUGAUCACGAAGCACGAGACGCAGCUGAACCCGCCCACGGUCCGGCAGCUGGUGGAGCUGAUCGAGCGGGCGGGGCAGGAGGCGCCGUCGUGGCUGCGGGAGUGGGCCGACCAGGGCGGCGGCUUCACGGCCAUGAAGCGGAACCGCAAUAUGAUGGGCAGCUUUGAUCGCAGCGGACCGCGCAUGCGCAUGCCCGGCGACCGCCCGGCGAGUACGGCGGGUAGCACCCACUUCGGUUUGAAGCCCCACGCGAACGGCGCACAGGCCUUCGGCGCAAACAACGGCAGCGCAGGUAUUCAGAACAAGAAGUUUGACUAUAGCAGUGACGAGGACGAACGCCCGGCGAAGCGUGCUCGUGAUUAA